CUGAGGCUUGGAGGGUUUGAACUGAACAGAAUUGAAAAAGGACUGCGUUGUGUGAAGUCUGAGCUGAGGAACUGUGAGAAGUGAGAGAGAGAGAGAGAGAGAGAGAGAGAGAGAGAGAGAUGGGGAAGAAGACGAAGAAGCCAGGGAAAGGCAAGGAGAAGACGGAGAGGAAGACGGCCAAGGCAGAGGAGAAGAGAGCUCGAAGAGAUAACAAGAAGCUCUCCCCUGAAGACGACAUCGAUGCUAUUCUGUUAAGUAUACAAAAAGAGGAAGCAAAGAAGAAGGAAGUACAUAUCGAGGACAAUGUCCCGGCACCCUCUCCUCGAUCCAAUUGCACUUUAAACAUCAAUCCUCAGAAAGAGACUGAAUUGAUUCUCUAUGGUGGUGAAUUCUACAAUGGCAACAAGACAUUUGUUUAUGGUGAUCUUUAUAGAUAUGACGUAGAAAAGAAGGAGUGGAAGUUGAUCUCGAGCCCCAAUAGUCCCCCUCCUCGAAGUGCUCACCAGGCAAUUGCUUGGAAGAAUUAUCUCUAUAUAUUUGGCGGUGAGUUCACAUCCCCGAAUCAAGAACGUUUCCAUCAUUACAAGGACUGCUGGAUGUUGGACCUGAAAACUAAUCAGUGGGAGCAACUAAAUCUGAAAGGGAGUCCCAGCCCACGUUCAGGGCAUAGAAUGGUCCUAUACAAGCACAAGAUUGUUAUUUUUGGCGGCUUCUAUGACACACUUAGAGAAGUAAGGUAUUACAAUGACUUAUAUGUCUUUGAUCUGGACCAGUACAAGUGGCAAGAAAUAAAGCCGAGGCCUGGUGCAAUGUGGCCUAGUGCUCGGAGUGGAUUUCAGUUUUUUGUUUACCAGGAGGAGAUCUUUCUCUAUGGGGGCUACUCCAAAGAAGUUUCUUCUGAGAAAAGCUCUGAAAAGGGAGUUGUUCAUUCAGAUAUGUGGUCUCUUGACCCACGGACAUGGGAAUGGAACAAGGUAAAGAAAAGUGGAAUGCCUCCUGGCCCUCGUGCAGGGUUUUCUAUGUGUGUGCAGAAAAAGAGGGCUAUGCUAUUUGGUGGGGUAGUUGACAGGGAAGUGGAAGGUGAUGUAAUGAUGAGCUUAUUCUUGAAUGAAUUAUAUGGCUUCCAAUUGGACAACCAUCGCUGGUAUCCUUUGGAGUUACGAAAGGAGAAGUCUACAAAAGAUAAGUUGAAGAGGAGUUCUGGGAAAAAUUCCAACCGGGAAGACCUCAUUGACACAAUCAAUCUAUCUGAAUCACAAAUUGCAGCAAAUGAAAAAGAUAAAAAUUUAGAGAAUCUUGAUGAAGCAGUUGACAUGGAAAGUUAUAUGGAUGAGGUAUCUCAGCAAAUGGAAACAAAUAUGGCAGUCAAUGAUCGUGGAAAUGCCGCCAAUUCUUCUGGAAACUCACAACUGAUUGGCAAGAAAAUGGUUCAAGAGUCUUCUUGGCCAGAGAUUGUAAAGCCUUGUGGACGAAUAAAUUGCUGCAUGGUUGUUGGGAAGGAUACCUUGUAUAUUUAUGGGGGAAUGAUGGAAGUGAAAGAUAGAGAAAUUACUCUUGAUGACUUAUAUUCUCUCAAUCUCAGCAAGCUUGAUGAAUGGAAGUGCAUCAUACCGGCAUCUGAACCAGAAUGGAUAGAAGCCUCUGAUGAUGAAGACGAGGAUGAGGAUGAUGAUGGCGAAGAUGACAGUGAAGAGGAAGGCAACAGUGAUGAUGAGAGUGAUGAUGCUGAAGAUGAUGAUUGUGACAAUGAGGGCAAUGGUGCUGCCUCAAUUCAAAUUGGAGAUGCUGUUGCUAUGAUAAAGGGUGAGGGAAAGACUCUCAGACGGAAGGAGAAACGUCUAAGGAUCGAACAGAUCAGAGCCAACCUAGGCCUUUCUGAUUCUCAAAGAACUCCUAUGCCUGGAGAGUCACUGAAAGACUUCUACAAACGCACUAAUAUGUACUGGCAAAUGGCAGCCCAUGAACACACUCAACAUACCGGCAAGGAGCUCCGCAAGGAUGGAUUUGAUCUUGCUCUGGUUCGUUACCGGGAACUGAAACCAGUUCUCGAUGAGCUGGCCGUCUUAGAGGCUGAGCAAAAGGCCGAGGAGGAACAAGGGAUUGAAAUCAGUUCAAAGACAAAGGGUAAGAAGAAGGGUAAGAAUUUGACAAUAAAGUAGAGUCAGCUCCAUUACAUGAUUUAGAGGUGGGAUGGGACGGAGACAAUUUUUCCGCACUUUGUGAAACUUAUUGUUGUGUUCUUUUCACUCUCCCUCCCAAUUUUGAUUGUCUUCAAGACAUUACAGCAGCUGCUUGUACCUA